AUGGACAGAAGCAUUGAUUCGUUGGAUCCACGGCCUGAGAAAGACGUCAGGGAGAAGGUGCAGCAGGAUGCAGUCAAGCCAGAUGUGGUGGAAAGGGUUGCGGGAGAGGGAAUUGACCCGGCACAGGUGCAGCCGGUGGACACGGAGGAGCCGGCGGACAAGCUGGAGCGGGGGAAGCUUGCGACGGGGCCGGAGAACGGGGGCGGGAGCGCAGGAAGCAUCGUGCAGGCGAAGAACGCCACUGCGGAGCUAGACUACGACGCCAACCUGGAGAAGUUCUUGGAAGCGGCUCCGGAGAGCUUGGAUUACAUCACGGGCUACAACACGUUUGAGAUCGAGGACUUGUCGGGAAUGCUUGUCGAGCGGGAGAGGUUCAAGGGCCCGCAGUUCCGGAUCGGAGAUUACGUCUUCAACUUGAUCCUAGUGUGCCAGAAGAGAUCCCACUUUUUCUUCUCGGUCUAUCUCGAGGGCCAUCCGGUCGACGAGAAGGAAGACAGCGUCUGGUCGUUCCCCGUGCAGUUUGCCUUCGACGCAUGGGAUCCGGAGACCCCGUCCGUACACAAGCACAACAACACCCGGUUCAGAUACAACCAGCGCGUGACGGACUGGGGGUUUGUCCAGUUUCUCGACUCGAAGUCCGCCACGGACUCCCACUUCUUCAAAAACAACAAGCUGAACAUCACCGUCUACGUGAGGGUGAUCGACGACUACACAAACGUGCUAUACUCGGACUUCAGAGACUACGACUCGAAAAAGUACACCGGCUACGUCGGGAUUGAAAACCAGGGGGCAACAUGUUACCUCAACUCACUAUUGCAGUCGUAUUUCUUCACAAAGUCGUUCCGGAAGAAGGUGUAUCAAAUUCCAACCGAAGAUGAGAUCACGUUUGAUCUGGAGAGCUACGAAGAGUUCAAGAGACAACCGAAAACCGUCUCGUUGGCCCUUCAGAGGAUCUUUUACAAAUUGCAAACGUCCGACGUCGCUAUAAAUUCGUUGGAGUUGACACACUCCUUUGGCUGGACCACGGCAGAUGCAUUUACCCAACACGAUGUGCAGGAACUGAACCGUAUACUGAUGGACCGUCUUGAAACAAAGAUGAAGGGAACAGAAAUCGACGGUUGUUUAAAUGAUAUAUUUGUCGGGAAAAUGAGCAGUUUCAUCCGUUGUAUCAACGUCGACUACGAAAGUAGUAGAACGGAAGAUUUCUGGGAUAUCCAGUUGAACGUCAAGGGAUUGAAGAACAUCCAGGAGUCUUUUGAAAACUACGUCGAGUUGGAAUUACUGGAUGGGGACAAUAAGUACGAUGCUUCCGGAUUUGGUUUGCAAGAUGCCGAGAAGGGUGUCAUUUUCGAAAGUUUUCCCGACGUUUUACACGUUCAGUUGAAAAGAUAUGAGUACGAUUUUGAAACUGAUAAUAUGGUCAAAAUCCAUGACAGAUAUGAAUUUUUUGACGAAAUAGAUCUCAAGCCCUACAUCUCAAAAAACACCGAGCACUACGAUGAAAACUGGGUGUACAAGUUGCACGGAGUAUUAGUGCAUCAGGGUGAUGUCUCUGUAGGACACUAUUACGCAAUGAUCAAGCCGACCGUUGAAGACAAAUGGUUCAAGUUUGAUGAUGAUCGUGUUUCCCGCGUCACGCCCAACACUGUUUUCGAAGAAGGUUUUGGUUGCGGACCUCCAGAGAAUAUCACAAGAUCGAUGAGUAGAGAUGAAUACCAGAAUUACAUAAUAAAGCACCACACGUCGGCCUACAUGUUGGUCUACAUCAGAGAGAGCAGAAUACCUACUGUUUUGGCAGAAGUUGAAGAAUCAGACAUCCCGCCUCAUAUAUCCAAGCAGAUUGAAUUUGAAAGAGUUCAAGAAGCUAGGAUCAAGAAGGAGAGAGAAGAGAUGCAUCUUUAUGUCAAUUUCAAAGUAUAUACUGACUCCACAUUCAAAAAUCACCAAGGUUUUGAUUUGGGCCCAAACUCAGAUGAUCGUCGGUAUUUUGCCGAAGGUUUAUAUGAUGAGAAAUCUUUUCCCAUACUGUUCAAGCUUUUGAAAACAGAUAGCUGGGAAACAAUGUAUGAUUCUAUUGCUGAAUUGUUAGGAGUUGAUAAGAAAAACAUUGAAAACCUGAGACUUUGGAACAUUGUCAGACGGACUAAUAACACUUUUAGGCCAGACCGUCCAAUUGACUCGUUCGUUGAAAAUGUCGAAGAUACUACUGUUGGCGACAUAGCCUCUGUUCUGGAAAGUGGAGUGUCAAGGAGAAAGUUCUCAGGCAUGGAAAAGCCUGUUGUCCUGUCACUAUACUUGGAAGAUGCUUCAAAAGAUUUGAAGUACUUGGCCAACCAACUUUCUGUUCUCGGUAGAAAUAGUAUCUCCGACGCAUCUUUUGGUGAUUAUGAACCCAAGUUUGAUGAAUUGAUCAAUUUGGCUGAAAAGAACGACAAUGCUACACUGGAACCAGUUUUAGGAACAAGAAAUAUUCUUAUUUUCCUCAAAUAUUUCUCUUACGAGGAUCAGACUCUAAAAGGUUUGACCCAUAUGAUUAUACCACACGAUGCAACCACAGAGUUUAUCUCAAAGUUUUUACAAAUUUUAUUCAAAUUUUCCUCUGAAGAAUCACUUUUGUUUUUUGAAGAAUUGGAUUUCAAUAGAAGAAUUGAACUUAAAUCAGAUAAAUCAUUUUUCAAAUCUGAGAUUGGAAAUGGUGAUAUCAUUAGUUUUGGUUUUAGGAACCCUGCUCCGGUCAACGCAGCUUUGCAGUUCCAGAAUUUAGAAGAUUUCUAUGUUUUCAUCGAAAGUAGGGUACACUUCCAAAUUUCUCAACUGAAGCGUAUUGAUGAGGAUGAGGAAGACUACGUUUUUAUCGAAACUGGUGAGAACUCGGCUAACUAUGACAAAAUCAUUGACGUUUGGCUAUCUUAUUACAGCACAUAUCUCGAUAUUGCCACUGUCAUUGGUAAAGAAAUUUCAGUUUCACCAGAAUACAUCAAAUUGUCUUUUAUCUCCAAUGGAAAUAAAGUGGACCUGAAGUCCGAUUAUGAUUUCACUAAGGCAUUGUCUAAUACAUCAAAACAAUAUACCAUUGGUCUUUAUUACGAAGUACUGAAAAUUCCUCUACAAGAAUUUGAAGGCAUGGAAUUGUGUCAUAUAUACUGGGUCGGAAAUGGUGUUUGCAAGGAAGAAAGGCAUGACUUUUAUCUUCCUAAAUCGAGCACGGUGGAUCACUUGCUGAAUAAGUUGGAAACUAAGAUAGAUAUCGAUCCUACAGAUAGAGAUAGUUUAUUUGGUUGGAUUCCAGAACGGAACCAUAAAGUCAAAAAGUGCAUAGCAUUCGAAGAUACCAUUGAAAGUAACACUUUUUUGAUUGUCGGUGUUUUUCCACAAUAUAAGGAAAUAUUUCUGUCCAAGAGUGUGAAUAGGGACACCUUAUUAGUUCCAGGUUUCCAAUGUUAUGGUUCUAUUGAAAACACCCAUGGCUUACCUUUUGUUUUUGACAUUGUCAAAGGCGAGUUGCUACCUGAAACACUGAUAAGACUACGGAAAUUGAUGGGUCUCUCCGAAAAGGAGUUCAAGUUUGCUCGUGUAGGUAUUACAAAUAAUUCGUCAGGAAUUGAAUACUUGGACCCAAUAGCCAAUAGCGCUCUUGAGUUAUUUGCCAUUCUAACCAAAAGUAACUGUUCGUUGGUAUUGGACCACCCUGAUAGAAAAUCUAGACGUGCGUCACAGCAUUCUUCAAUUAUGAUCAAAAAUUAA